GAUAGCGUGCAUCUACAGUGUACAGUGUACACCGCGACGCAGCUGCGCGCGCGCGUAGCUUUGGAAUUAAAAAAAAACUGAAAUAAUAUCUCGGCGAUGCCGUGUCCGGCGUACAACGUGGAGCUGGAGCUGGGGGAGCCGUCGCGCGAGCUGCUGGAACAAGCGAGGGUUAGCUGCGGUGAGGACCCUAGCACGCGCCUGCAGGCCAUUGAUGAGCUCCGAGACAUGAUUUAUGAGCGGGGAGAAUGCACGCCCCACCGCAUGGAUGACGAUUUUCUGGUGAGGUUCCUGAGGGCGCGACAGUUCGUACCACAGAGGGCACAUCGACUUAUGGUAAACUACUAUAAGUUCAAGGACGACUAUCCGGAGCUGUUCGACGUGUACCCGCUGGACCUGCGCCGGAUCGGCGACGCGCACGUCGUGGCCGUGCCUCCUUAUAGAGACCAGGAUGGACGCCGACUACUCUUCUAUAGAAUAGGGCCCUGGGAUCCAAAGGAAAUACCCAUCGAUGACAUACUGAAGGGGACGAUAUUCGCGCUGGAGCUGGGAGCGCUGGAGCCGCGCAACCAGAUCCUGGGCGGCGUGGCGCUGUUCGACCUGGAGGACCUCACCAUGCAGCACGUCUGGCAGAUCACGCCGUCCGUCGCCUCCAAGAUAGUCAAAUUAUUAGUGUCGAGCUUCCCGGCCACGACACACGCGAUCCACAUCGUGAACAACUCCUGGAUAUUCGACAAAAUGUACAGCAUAUUCCGGCCGUUCCUCACCAAGAGCAUGCAGGCCAGAAUAUUCUUCCAUGGGUACGACAUGGCCUCGCUACAUAAACACAUACACCCGGAGCACCUGCCCGAGCGGUACGGCGGGACCUGGCAGGACUACGCCUACACGAUCUGGCUGGAAGCCCUCAAGGACAACUUGACGAUAGCAAAAGAGAUGAUGGCGUGCGGCUACAAGUUUAGAGAACACGAGGUCGGCAUGAGCGUGGCGAAACACAUACGAGAGGUUGGAGGAAAGUAGAAAUGUGGGAGACAAUUUCCGUACAAA